GCUCUACUAGACGGAAUGCACGAACUCACCUGGAUGACGUCACUAGGGUGGGCCGCCAGGAAGUGCAGCAAUGGAACUUAUCUGUUCUUGGAGUCCGGGCGCCGUGAGGGCUUAUCUACAAGGUCUGGAGCCCUCAGUACAGCACUACCCAUUCAAAGAAUGGGACAUAACAGGACAGGACUUGCUGGAUCUGUCCCCCCAACACCUUGAUACUUUGGGGGUGAAGAGCAUUGGCCAUCAGGAGGUCAUAUUGGAGGCUGUGGAGCAGCUGUGUGCCCUGCAUUAUGACCUGCAGAGAGAGAGCCUGCGCUCCCUCACCGAUAAGCUGCAUAGAGUUGCUCAGUUGUUAUGCUCACACAUCAUUACCCUGAAGAAAGCCUCAGUCUCUCAACCGACUACUCUGUCACCUACUCACAAACAGCUCGCCUCCAUCAUAGAUAUUGUGGCUGCAGCACGAGGCCUCUUCUCCUGGCUUAACAGGUAUCUGUUCACACGUCUGAAUGAUUAUUCUGCUAGUAGGGAUGUCAUUGCUCUGUGUGUAGAACUGGCGGAGAUGUUACAUAAGGACUGGACAGAUCCAAAGGUUGAAGCAAGGAUUCUAACUAUUUGUGAAAAUAUUGGUGUCAUAUGUAAGAGUAUACUGAACUGCAGCCCUGAGAGUCUCCUCAAUCAGACAGCAACUCUGGAGCUAGUACAGAUCCAUCCUAAACCUUCAGAUGGUUUGGGCCUUGUAAUUAAAUCCACUUCUUCAGGACAGCAUUUUGUUGGCCAAACAGUACCAGAGUCUGCAGCCAGAGAGUGUGAAAAAAUCCUUCCAGGAGAUGAGAUCAUUAAAGUGAAUGAUCAGGUUGUGGUUGGAUGGACUCAUAAAAAUCUUGUGCGCAAACUCCAGGAGAAAUUAAACUGUGUGACUCUUAUUUUAAAGAAAGUUUCAGUAUCCCCUGCAAAAUCUCCUGUUUCUUCAAAUAAGAACAAAACACGUGAAGCAAGUCCAUCAUCGUUGAUGGAUAGUCCCCCAUUUUCUACAUAUGCAAGUCAUGUUCCUGCUUCAUCUAAUGUGCGUGGACACGAAUUCUUAUUGAAACCAAAUACUGCUCCAGUAUCUCCACUAAAACACAAAAACCUUCUGGCAACCCAAAGCGCACCUGGUUUUGAGACGGAGAACAAACUGACGAGCAUAACAUUUGGUAGUGGAGCUCCACAAAAUCUGCAACAAGCCUUGUCUGCUGAAAACAUUUCAGGAGUGAGUCCGACUAGGCCAAGCGGGCUUGGUUCACAGGGGCAUCUUACUUGGUCCUGCCCAGGUGCUUCCUCAAAGCCUCUUACAUCAGACGUUUUUCUUUAUCUUCCUCCAACCUCCCCUGGACUACCUGCCCAACAGGAGAUGUCUUGCUCAACAAUAUAUGCAAAAACACUGACUCCAUUGGAACAGUGUUCCUCAGAAAUGGAGUCAAAGAAUGUAAAGCAUUCCUCACGACCAAGAAGUGGGUCUGAUUCUACCUUGCCACCUGUGAACAGCCUGCUCGAACCACCUGACAAUUUGAGGCCCUCCAUAUCUGACAGUAGUCUAUCAAAGAAAACGGUUGCAGAAGUUCCUCAGCAAAGCAAAAGACUAGACGCUUCCUCCCAAGGUUCACAAGAGAAAGCCAAAAGCCCCAAAACGGAGAAAAAGCUGCAAUAUUCAGACACGGACAAGACCUCUGAUCGAUCUCCCCGAAAUCAGAAAGCAACUAAGCUGAGUCGCAGGCGAGUGUCUUGUCGGGACUUGGGAAGUCCAGAUUGUGAUGGCUGGCUGUGGAAGAAGAAAGAAAAUGUCGGUUUUAUGUCGCAGAAAUGGAAACACUGCUAUUGUGUCCUAAAGAAAGAUAAAUUGUACUGGUAUAAUGGACCUCAGGAUGAGAAAGCUCUGGGAAUGUUAAAACUCUCUUCAUAUAAUUUGGAGAGCCCAUUGGAAUCAAAGCACAAAAAGAAAUAUGAAUUUCAGCUUACUCACCAGAUGCACAAGUCCUUUAUAUUUGCUGCCGAUAAUCUGACAGAUAUGAACAAGUGGGUGACCCGUCUAGUUAAAACACUACAGAAAUACAAAUCUCAUGCAAACCCCAAUAAUUCACGAGAAGAAGAUUGUUACAGUGAAACAGAGGCAGAGGAUGAUGAUCACUCCAAACCUCAAGAUGUGUUGAAGAAACAAAUCGUGCAAUCACCAUUGAAUAUCACACCUGGUGCAAGUCCAAUCUCCAUUAAGGAAAAGGGGGCAGAAGGUGUACAGAUGGCAAAUGUUGCCCAAUCUCCAGAUGAUCUUGAGUUAAUGAUGACAUGCCUAAAACAAGGAGGGGUAUCACUCAUUGGUAAAAAGACUGCAAUGACUCGAGACGAAUACCGCAAAUCCUUCAUCAAACGAAAUAAAAAUCCAGCCAUAAAUCACAAAGCACACGCCUUGCGUGUUCUACAAAGUACACUAAAAGCAAAGCUACAGGAGCUUGAAGCACUGAAUCAAAUCCUGGAGAAUCCUAAAUUGGACUCUGCUAUAUUCCAAAAGUGGAAAUCUGAACAUGACCAGCUGUAUGUGAAUGUAGGAAAGGGCUCACAGGCCACUGCAGAGAAUGCAUACAGCAUGGAUGUAGAAGGGAGCAAUGACCAAAAAAAGCAAGACAGUGAUGAAAGUGAAGCUAGUGACUGAAUGCCACAUGUCUGACAUAGCCUUCACUUACUGUGAUCAUGACACCACUGAGUAGUUCAGUGACUGUAAAUCUACAGAUUAUAGAUGGAUGCCAUUUAAAAAGAAACUACAGUCUGCUCACAUGAUUUGUAAUAAAAACGUCUUUGAUAUAUAUAUUCUAUAUAAAA